GUCGAGAUCUCCUGCGUCGUCGUCGUCCCUCACCCCCACCCACCCACGCUGCCAUUCGCUAGCUCGUACGUAGCGUAGAUCGAUCGAGUUCAUGACGGCCGCCGGCGUUGUGCCCGCGGUGGCGGCGGCGCUCCUCCUCGUCCUGCAGCUCCAUGGCGCCACGGCGGAGUGGAGCCUCACCAAGAAGGGCACCGUCGUCUCCUACGACGAGCGCUCCCUCAUGAUCGACGGCAAGAGAGACCUCUUCUUCUCCGGCGCCAUCCACUACCCGCGGAGCCCCCCCGAGAUGUGGGAUCGGCUCAUCAAGCAGGCCAAGCUCGGCGGCCUCAACACCAUCGAGACGUACGUCUUCUGGAACGGCCACGAGCCUGAGCCUGGCAAGUACAAUUUCGGAGGCAGAUUCAACCUGAUCAAGUUCCUCAAGCUGAUCAAGGACAACGAUAUGUACGCAAUCAUUCGCAUAGGGCCAUUCAUCCAGGCAGAAUGGAACCAUGGUGGUUUGCCUUAUUGGCUUAGGGAGAUCGGACACAUUAUAUUCAGGGCUAAUAAUGAACCUUUCAAGAGGGAGAUGGAGAAGUUUGUGAGGUUUAUAGUGCAAAAGCUGAAGGAUGAGGAGAUGUUCGCGCCUCAAGGAGGACCCAUCAUUCUAUCACAGAUCGAGAACGAGUACGGGAAUAUAAAAAAAGAUCGUAUAAUAGAAGGGGACAAGUACCUGGAAUGGGCAGCUGAAAUGGCCGUUAGCACAGGGAUUGGAAUUCCCUGGAUUAUGUGCAAGCAAUCUACGGCUCCAGGAGAAGUGAUCCCUACUUGCAAUGGAAGGCACUGUGGAGAUACAUGGACUCUACGCGAUACAAACAAGCCACGCUUGUGGACUGAGAAUUGGACUGCACAGUUCAGAACCUUCGGUGACCAGCUAGCUCAGCGUUCAGCUGAGGACAUUGCAUAUGCUGUGCUACGGUUUUUUGCCAAGGGUGGGACGUUGGUAAACUACUACAUGUAUCAUGGUGGAACAAAUUUUGGGAGGACAGGUGCUUCAUAUGUCUUGACUGGAUACUAUGAUGAAGCUCCUAUGGAUGAAUACGGCAUGUGCAAGGAGCCCAAAUUUGGGCAUCUGAGAGACCUGCACAGUGUGAUCAGGUCAUACCAGAAAGCCUUUCUCUGGGGGAAGCAGUCAUUUGAGAUCUUGGGCCAUGGGUAUGAGGCACACAACUUUGAGUUGCCUGAAGAAAAGCUGUGCUUGGCUUUCCUCUCCAACAACAACACAGGGGAAGAUGGAACUGUGGUCUUCCGAGGGGAGAAGUUCUAUGUGCCUAGCCGCUCUGUCUCCAUCCUUGCAGAUUGCAAGACCGUCGUCUACAAUACAAAGAGGGUCUUUGUACAACACAGUGAAAGAUCAUUCCAUACUUCUGACGAGAGCACUAAGAAUAAUGUGUGGGAGAUGUACUCUGAGGCGAUUCCCAAGUAUCACAAAACCAAGCUGAGGACAAAGGAACCCAUGGAGCAAUACAACCAAACAAAGGACACUAGCGACUAUCUGUGGUACACCACAAGCUUUCGCUUGGAGUCAGACGAUUUGCCCUUCAGGCGUGAUAUCAGGCCUGUGAUUCAGGUGAAAAGCACUGCACAUGCGAUGAUAGGAUUUGCCAAUGACGCCUUCGUAGGCACUGGGCGUGGAAGCAAGAGGGACAAGAGCUUUGUGUUUGAAAAACCCAUGGAUCUAAGAAUAGGUGUUAACCAUAUCGCAAUGUUGUCUUCGUCGAUGGGAAUGAAGGACAGUGGUGGUGAACUUGUUGAAGUAAAGGGCGGCAUUCAGGACUGCGUGGUGCAGGGUCUCAACACAGGGACCCUGGACUUACAAGGCAAUGGCUGGGGUCAUAAGGCCAGGUUGGAAGGCGAGGACAAGGAGAUUUACACGGAGAAAGGAAUGGCCAAGUUUCAGUGGAAGCCAGCAGACAAUGACCUACCGAUCACUUGGUACAAGAGAUACUUUGAUGAGCCAGACGGAGAUGAUCCUGUUGUUCUUGACAUGAGCUCUAUGAGCAAGGGCAUGAUGUUUGUCAACGGAGAAGGCCUUGGUCGCUACUGGACGUCAUUCAGAACUCUGGCUGGACAACCUUCUCAAUCAGUAUACCACAUCCCACGAGCGUACCUGAAACCCAAGGGAAACCUGCUGGUGAUAUUCGAGGAGGAGCUCGGGAAGCCAGGCGGCAUCCUGGUGCAGACGGUGCGGAGGGACGACAUCUGCGUGUUCAUCUCGGAGCACAACCCGGCGCAGAUCAAGACGUGGGAGUCGGACGGCGCCGGCGGGCAGAUCAAGCUCAUCGCCGAGGACCACAGCACGCGCGGCACCCUUGCCUGCCCCCCCGACCGGACCAUCCAGGAGGUCGUCUUCGCCAGCUUCGGCAACCCGGAGGGCGCCUGCGGCAACUUCACCGCCGGCACCUGCCACACUCCCGACGCAAAGGCCAUCGUUGAGAAGGAAUGCCUCGGCAAGGACUCGUGCGUGCUGCCGGUGGUACACACGGUGUACGGCGCCGACAUCAACUGCCCCGCGACGACGGCGACGCUGGCGGUGCAGGCGAGAUGCAAAGUGAAGAAGAAGGCGUAAACAAGAUGCAAGGGGAGGGAUGCUGCUGCUGCUGAUUAAUUUGACGCGCUCGCCUUGCUGUGUUAAUUUGAAUUUUGCCUCCACUUCCGUCUGUGUAAUUCAUCUCGUUUCAUUUCGCGAUUCGCCUGUCGUGAUUAUAAAUCUUGAAGAGACAUUUGCAUUUUGGGGGGAACAGGGGGGAAUUUCAAUUAACAUACAUGCAUGUGACUGAAAGGUAGCUGCUGAUCGAUCUAGUCGAAGAUGUCUUGAUCUAUUCAUAAUCCUCUCCCUCUUAUCAUUUCAUUCAUAUGUACUGAUGGAUUCUGUAGGUGUUGAAUAAACAAGCACCACAGCUUGACAGUUAAUUUGUAGUUCAGUUUGUACUAGUUUCCAUUGACAGUUUGUGCAUUAAUUAACAAUAAUACUAUGACGUGAUGCUUAUGUUGCACUUUGUCAACUCAUGAAUGUGUAUUUACAUCUUGUAGUGUAAUAUGGCUCUGUAAUCGAGAUA